AGAAAUGUGUCUGUGUGUUGGCGUAUAGAAGAAACGAGAGGUGGAGGGGUGUGAGAGAAGAUUGCAUCGAAGUGCGAAAUUGGGCCUAGAGUAAUCCAACUAUCUCCCAAAUCCUAAUCCUUAUCCUCUUCUCUCUCUCUUUUAUUCUCCCAUUUUGCUCAAUCUCUUCUCGACUCCUCCCUCCCAAGAGGCCAAGACCCCAAUCCGAUUCCGUCGAGGGGUUCUUCUCUCAAUCUAUUCUGGGUUGGUCAAGAUGGGAUUGAGUUCCUUGUUGUUCGAGCUUCACAUCCCCGGCUUCUCUGACCUUUUAGUACUUGCUGCACCACUCUGGAUUGCCGUCGCUGCCGGGGUUUUGGUGGGUUGGGUUUGGAGGCCCAAGUGGGCUUAUCUCACCUCCGGAGAUGUUAAACUCCAAUUGUCCGAUUCACCCAAUUUCUUCAGCUUCACCUUCAACCCCCUCAACCUUCAGCUUCCCACUUCCGUCCUCAAGACCUCUUCUCCUGAUCCUCCCAGCCUUUCUCCCCAACCCCAGGCUGAGAAAGAGAAAUCCGGGUUUGUAACGGAAGAUGAUUUUAGGCAUCUAUGGAAGUUGGUUGAGGUCAAAGAUGGCGGCCCUGCUUGGAUUCAAAUGAUGGACCGAUCAACCCCAACCUUCUCAUAUCAAGCUUGGAGGCGAGAUCCUGAGAAUGGGCCUCCCCAGUACCGUAGCAGAACUUUGUUUGAGGAUGCCACUCCCGAGAUGGUGAGGGACUUCUUUUGGGAUGAUGAGUUCCGUUCCAAGUGGGAUGAUAUGCUUUUGUAUUCUUCUACUCUGGAGCAUUGCAAGGACACGGGCACUAUGGUUGUGCAGUGGGUGCGGAAGUUCCCCUUCUUUUGUAGCGACAGGGAGUAUAUUAUAGGUCGUCGCAUUUGGGAUGCUGGCCGAGUGUUUUACUGCAUUACAAAGGGAGUACAAUACCCGUCUGUACCAAGGCAAAACAAGCCAAGGCGAGUCGACUUAUACUAUUCCAGCUGGUGCAUCCGUGCAGUUGAAUCGAAAAGAGGCGAUGGUGAGAUGACAUCGUGUGAGGUACUACUAUUUCACCAUGAAGAUAUGGGAAUACCGUGGGAACUUGCAAAGCUCGGGGUGAGACAAGGGAUGUGGGGUGCGGUGAAGAAAAUUGAGCCAGGGUUACGUGCCUAUCUGAGGGCCAAAGCAGAGGGAGCAGGUUUAUCCCCAAGUGCCCGAAUGGCUCACAUCAACACCCAAGUGAGUGCGGAGAAGUUCAUGAAUGAGAGGGAUUCGAUAGCAGAGGUUGCAGCAGAGAAGCCGACGGGGAAAGCCAUACCAAAGCUACUAGUGGUGGGAGGGGCCAUUGCGCUUGCAUGUACGCUGGACAAAGGGCUGUUGACAAAGGCGGUAAUAUUCGGAGUAGCCAGAAGAUUUGCAAGAAUGGGGAAAAGGAUGUAGGAGGGAGUGUACGUGGUGUAAGUAGACACACAGAGAGAGAGAGAGCGAAUGAUGGGUGGAAGGGUUUCUCUCCUUAUUGCAAUUUGAAUAGAGAAAGGCUGUCUCUUUAGCAGUCUUGGUGGAUGAUGUAUCAAAUAUCAAUCAUGUAAUAGUGGUAACGAGAAAAGGAAGCGAGAGUUUAUUCUUACAGUGAUGAAUUUCUGAUGAUUCCAAGCUGUCUAAUAAACAUACCCAUAGUUUCUUGUCUA